AUGGUGAAGUUGAAGCGCAUGAUAUCAGAUGAUGGCAAAGGCGUGGGAGAGGUGCUGGAUGAGAAAGUGUGUGAUUCCCAUGACAACUGCACUCCCCUGGCCGUGGUGGGAUUUAUCCGCUUUGCCCUGCAUCCCAGCACUCCCAAUGACACCGACUGUUACGGCGGGGAUCCUGGCCCUGCCGAGGAGUCCGGUUCGUCCGCAGCUGCUGGCGCUUCCAGUAGCGAAGCACUCAAUUGCGAGGACAGUGCAGACACAGGCUCAGUAGAGUGGGUGUCAGGGGAUUCUGAUGUAGAUAGUGAUUCUGCCAGUGUAAGGGAUUCUGGCGAAGUAGCGGAUGCUUCUGCCAGUGAUGGAGCACUCAAUAGCGAGGACAAAGAGCGAGCCUCAGGAGACUCUGGUGCAGCAGCAGCAGCAGCAGGUGUUGCGGAGGCCAAAGACAGCAAAAGCCAACAGUUAACCGGCCGGCGAAAGCUGGGCGGCAAAGAGAGGAGGGAUGCAAUGCUGGGCGGCAAAGGCAAGCAUGAAAGGGGAAGGGAGGGGAAGGAGAGGGAUGAAGUGACGGUGGAGGGGAUGGGGGAGGGUGGGGUGAAGGGGAGUGUGAAGGGCGAGGCAGCCAGAUGGAGGAAGGAGCACGCAGAGAGACUGCUGUCGCCUCUGCAACUGGCGUUUGCACGUGAGGCAACCGAGGCACUGAAGGCGGCGCAGGGCAUGAGAUGGACGUACUCGCUCUCACACAUGCCUCAAGCGGAAGAGAGCAACCAGGAAGACCAGGGAAACACGCCCGCGCCCUACCACCUCCCUCCAAACGUUGCCAUUGUCUCGUUGCAGGAGCUUGCACCCAAUGAGGUCACCGUUCGAUUUGCACACCUGUACGAGGCCAAGGAGCAUCCGCAGCUGUCCAGCCUAGCUUCUGUUCAUCUCCCCUCGCUCUUCGCCUCACGAAAGAUCAAGAAUGUCACUGAGCUGAAUCUUUUUGCAAGCCAGAAACGAUCGGAAAUGCGUCCACCAUUGGAGUGGCAAGUGGAGGAGAGAGAAGCUUCUGGUGGGCAUGGCGAAACGAAGGAGGGGAGAGCUGGUGAAUCAACCCGCCUCACUCGCUUCCCCUCCGCCGCGUCGUCCACGCGUCUCCUGCCGUCGCCCUCGCUUCGCAUCCCAUCGCCUUCCUCGUCUUUUGAGGCGCCUCAAAAGUCGCCCUCGAUUCGCAUCCCAUCGCCUUCCUCGUCUUUUGAGGCGCCUCAAAAGUCGCCCUCGCUUCGCAUCCCAUCGCCUUCCUCGUCUUUUGAGGCGCCUCAAAAGUCGCCCUCGAUUCGCAUCGCAUCGCCUUCCUCGUCCUCCCCGCUUCAACUGCCCAUCGCCGUUUCUCGUCGCCCUCGCUUCCCCUGCCCGCCGCCGCUCCCCGUCGCCCUCGCGUCCCCACCCAAUGCCUUCCCGUCGCACUCGCUCUCCUUACCCGUCUUUCUCGUUUCCCCUGCCCGUUGCCCUAAUUUCCCCUGCCCAUCGCCCUACUUUCCUGUCCGUCGCCCUAAUUCCCCUGUCCGUCGCCCUAAUUCCCCUGUCCGUCGCCCUAAUUCCCCUGUCCGUCGCCCUAAUUCUCCUGUCCGUCGCCGUAAUAUCCACUAA